ACACCUCGCCAGCAAAGUCGCCACCCCCUGCUCGCUGUGCAAGAGAAUGAUGCUCGGGGGAGGCAGCGGUGGCAUGGGCGGCGCGCCGUCGAGGGUGCCGACCUGGAGGGAGCGCGAGAACAACCGCCGCCGCGAGCGCCGCCGCCGCGCCAUCGCCGCCAAGAUCUUCUCCGGCCUGCGCUCCCAGGGCAACUACACCCUCCCCAAGCACUGCGACAACAACGAGGUGCUCAAGGCGCUCGCCGACGAGGCCGGGUGGACCGUCGAGCCAGACGGCACCACCUACCGCAAGGGUUGCAAGCCUCUUCUAGCAGUGCGCACCGGACCGCCGACCCCGAGCCCGUGCUCAUCGCAGCAGGUGAGCCCGCGGGCGUCCUUCCGCUCCAGCGGCUCCUCGCACAUCACACUGGGCGGCGGCGGCGGCAGCGGCAGCGGCGGCUACUUUGGGGGCGUGGAUGGCGGCUCCCUCGUCCCGUGGCUCAAGAACCUCUCCUCCGGCCCCAGCUUCGCGUCCUCCUCCAAGUACUCCUACUUCGACGGCGGCUCCAUGAGCGCGCCGGUGACCUCGCCGUCCGGCUCGCCGCCGCGCAUGCCCCUGCCCCAGCUCAGCACCGGCUGGGGGGUGUACCCGGUCCAGGCCGUGCCGCCACGCCGGUACGACUACUCCAUGCCUAACUCCGCCAGGCCGUCAAGCCCCAGGGUCGCCCCUGACCCGAACUGGCUCUCCGGGUUCAGCAUCUCGUCGACGGGGCCUUCGUCCCCGGCCUACAACCUCAUUGCUCAUCCUCCGAACCCCUUCGGAACCGCCACCGCGCCAUCUACGAGGGUGCACACCCCGGCGCUGAGCGGGGCGUGCUCACCCGUGGCCGAGGGCGACGGCCCGAUGGGCUACAGCGCGGCGGAAGGCGCCUUCGAGUUCGGGAGCGACGAGGGGCUGCUGAACGCGUGGCAUGGGGAACACAUCGAAGAGGAGCCCGACGAGGACGAGCUGGAGCUAAGGCUCACCCUCGGCCGCAAGAAGUCCCGCGGCGCCGCCGCCGGCGCGGCAGACAACGCCUGAGUCCGAUCGUCAGAGGAAGGAGAGAAAGAAAGAGAUGGAAGCCAUCACCAGGAAUUUCAUUUCCUCAGAUUUUGCCGUGGCAGACUAUAUCCGUCCGUCGUCUGAACUUCAGUUACUUCGGUUUAUCACCAACUAUAUCGUCGUCAAACUUUAGCCUUUUUUACAAUUUUCUCUCUUUAUUUAUUUUCUAUAUAAGAUAUCGAUACUAUAAAACAUGGCCUUAGGCCUGAGGGAAGGGAACCCCGUUGUGUUCCUCAAUCGUGAUCAUCAGACAGUCAAAUUAUAUUUAUUAUUAUAUAAUCAGAUAUACAUGUCGAUUAA